UCAGACUCAGGAUCAUCGUCUUCUUCUAGAUCUCACGAUCGUAAAAAAUCCCGCAAGGAUGGCACGGAUUCAGGCGGAUUCGACGAACCAUCCAACGUCGCCAUGCUGCCUCGCUCACGUGUUCGUGACCUACGUCGAUGGAUGAAAGAAGGUAUUGAAUCCAAAACCGAGGGAAACACCCUCCGGUCUGCUUAUGUUCCCAAAUUUGAGGGUGACUUUGAACUUAUGGCUCCUUUAUUGGACCCAUCAAUGGCUCGCAAAUGGCUGCGCAAUCUUGGCGAAUCGUCUGAUCGAGCUAAGCUGAAAGACUUUUGGGAAAAACAGCUCUUAUCAUUGCAGAGAGAAGUGAAAGAUGCCUUUCAGCCUCUUGCCUACAUGUUAGGCGUCAUGCCCGAAAAUUCCGAUGCUGAGAUGCCCGUUCAAACUGCUAUACGUCUGCUGGGCCACGUGUUUUCUCGCAUCACCAAGAUGAGACGCUCCAACGCCAUGCGCCACUGUGCGCCCAAAUUCUCUACGAUGUUGAUCGAUAAUCGUCUGUUCUCAUCUCGUGAUUACCGUAAUUUGUUUGGCAACAAAUUUAUUGACGCUUUGGAGAAAGAAGCAAUUGCUGAUGCCAAAAUGGAUCAGAUCGGACGCUACGGUGGUCCUUCCAACAGCCGUGGAGGCAAUACUCAUUUCCGCAAAGGCGGAUCCAAUUCUGGUUCUGGCGCCAAUUUCAAAUCCAACGGUAACUGGAACUUCAACAAACCACACUCGUCUAACCGCAACAAGUCUGGCGGACAACAAUUACCGGCGCUUCUAAUAAUAACAAUCCCUGUGACCAGUCAACAUCGUAAAUUUUUGCGUUUCAUAUGGGAUGGCGUCGUUUACCAAUACGGAUGGGGAUCGGUUUGCGAUGGCGUUACUGCAAGAGGCCCCUGGCCUCUUGCCGACCAAUCACGUCAUAUUAACGAGCUCGAACCGGGAAUCACGGUCGACAUUGGAUCCAAGCGAUUGGAUGCUAUUCACAGGGGCAUUCAAACGUCUCCAGGAUGUGUGGCCCAUGGAGGUGGAUCUUUUUUCGGCGGCGUGGAACAAACAAUUGCCGAAGUUUGUUUCCUGGCUACCACAGCCGAACGCGAUAGCCGUGAACGCCUUCUCCCUCAAUUGGUCACGCCUGAAUUGUUACGCGUUCCCCCCAUUCGCAAUGAUUCCGAGAUGUCUGACAAAGAUAAAGAAGGAGAAAGCUGUUGUCAUUUUGGUUUGCCCGCUUUGGUCGUCUCAGCCGUGGUACCCUCUUUUGUUGGAAAUGGCAACGGACAUUCCGAGAGUGUUCAGCUCACACCCGAUCCUCCUUCAUUCGAACUCCCUCGAGCCACACCCACUCAUUCAAUCGAAAAAAUUCCUCCUAGCCGCAUGGAAAUUAUCAGGGGACGCCUUGAAAAGCGAGGCCUUCCGCCAUCAGUUGUUAGAUUAUUGCUGGCCAGCUCCCGUGGAUCUACGUUAUCUACCUACCAGUCAGCCUGGAACGUAUCUCGCUCACUUGUUUGA